CAUCACGUCUACUUCAGUGUUUGCCAGAGUCUUCCGCUUAUCUGAGCUUCUGCAGCAGGAAACAAACCGAGCCGUUAAAUAUAUGACGCUUUUCAAAGAGGUCCAGGACCAUGGUGGAGACAUUAAAUGAAUUGAUCCAUCUGAGGAACGCUGGCUUUGGUCGACCUUGGCCCAGGCACGGACUCAAACUCCUCUACUGGUUUGCCAAAGAUUGCGUUUCUUUUGAAAGCAACAGCAUGCUCUCUGAAUGUGACCCAGCCGAGGGAGACUUCGGUUUCCACUAUUUUGAGAACAGGUAUGACCAACGAGGGAAUAAACUUCUCCCAGAAACACAUUUUCCUUACUAUGUUGUUGGCAAUCUGAAUUCACCAGGAGCCGAAGACCUUCCCGAUUACGUCUCAGAAGACAAGCACAGAAGCAACUCAGACCGUGUCAUUGUCAGUCUUGACGAGGAGUGGUUUGAUAGAGUUUAUGUGACUCAACACAACGGCCGUUCAAACUACGACCCGCACGCCACCUACCGGAUCUCCAAAGGACUUCUCAUGAUCGUCAGGAGGAUGAGUUUGGAGGACUUUCUGGUGGAGAUGGGUUAUUAUACACACACAGAGCCCGUCAUCAGCUACGGUCCUCCAACUUCAGAGGCAAGCAGUCUAGAUUACACGGUGGUCACCAUAUCGUCCGGCGAUUCAUCUGACAGCAAGUGCAUUGUCCAGUUAGGUGACGACAAGUCUGCUCAAAACAAGUCGGAGAAAUCACAUGCAACUUUGGGAUUGUGGGAAAGACUGUGCACCAUACUUUAAAACCGUUCUAGGGAUUUUGUUUGGACUCAGUGGUGGAUAUAUUUCUCUCUGCCAAGCCUACAUUGACGGAUGCAAAUAGUAAAAGAAGUCAUAACUAAGACAUGAGUUCAGCAUGUGGAUAUCACACAUUCAAUUUGCUAAUGAACGAGAGCUUUAACAAAAAAAGUCAAAUAAAAUAGAAGAUAAACCAAUCAUCUCUUUCUUUGCAGGACCAUUUUGGCUGCAUUAUGCAAAUUUUACAACAUUUGCAUAGUGUUUUGGCCCAGUCUAGACCAGCCUUCUAUUUUAGAUAGAAUAAAUCCUUUUGUGGGUGACUUUGAUCUUUGUAACACUGCAGAUCUUAUACGAAAUAUAUAGUUCCAGACCUGUAUGAAUUUUCAUUGUUCUGGCAAACAGAAAGGGAGAUAUUUUGGAAGUUUAUAAGCUGGAACUAUUGAUUUCCAUAGUAGAAAGAAAUACUGUAAUUUCUGCCACCACUAGGGUCCACUGCUGCUUCCUUCAGUGAAGGUCGAUACCCAUGCUGCCACCACCUUUAGUUCUAACCCGGUCACACUAAUACACUCGACACGAGAAUUACAAACAAUUGCAUGCUUUAUUAACAAUGAUAGCAGCCGUGUGGCCUUGUCUCAGUCGAACUAAACCGUGAAAACGUUUAAAAGAGAACCGGAUACUCAUUCCAAACAAUAAAUGAUGUGAAGUUUCACACACGUGGUUAGAAACUCCAGAAAUCACUAUUAUAAUAAACCAGCAUGGACAAUCUCUCAUAUCCGGAGAGUUAAUGGUGACCCAAAACAGCCUGCUCACAAACUUUCUUCAAAAUAUGUAUAUUUUUUCUUUUGUUUUUUUUUUUCUUUUGGGGUAAACUAUUCCUUUAAGUAGCCGUUCGUGUUAACAUUUGGAUCCAGCAGACUUCAGCGUUGAAC